CGUUUUCCUCCUGACUCCGAACGGAGUCCGGCUCGCGCUCGCCUCUGAUUCGGGCCUGAAAUCCCCUCGAGGAGGAAAGAGCUCGAACUCCAGAGCCGCCGGCCUGCGACGCACCGGGCGGUUCUGAAGACUUAACGGCUCCAGGGCUGGAAUCCGGUGCUCGGUGUCUUCAGUCUAACGGCAGCGGGGGUGUCCAAGCUGUGAUCCAUGGAUUUACCCGGGAGGAGGGAAUAAUCAGAAGGUUCAGGUUCCUGCAGGGUUCAGAUCCAAAGUCGAGUCACUAUCUUCUGAUUGCAUCCCGUGGUUCUGCUGGAAAUCAUGGGUACAGUGCUGUCGCUCUCUCCGAGCUACCGCAAGGCCGCUCUGUUUGAGGACGGCCCAGCCACGGUGGGUCAUUACACAGCUGUUCAAAACAGCAAGAACGCCAAGGAUGCUCCAGCAGCAGCAGCCAAGUCCCUCAAAAGGCCCUCCAUCAUCAGUGUGUUACCGUGGAAACGCAUCGUGGCUGUGUCGGCCAAGAGGAAGGGUUCUAAGAAGCUCCAGUCAGAGGGUGGAGACGGAGGGAAAGGAAGCUCUCCCGAGGGCCACGGGGCCACCACCACCAGCUCAGCCUCCAACAGCUCAAAGCUGAAGAAGUCCCAGUCCUGUGCCAACCUCUCGUCCUACUCGUCCAGUCAGGAUCCCGCUGCCACCGCCACCACUACCUCCUCCCACUUGCCCACCUCCAAGACCCUGGUUAAUGUAGCUUCUGUCAUCACCAAAAAGAACUCCCUCAUCGGAGCCGGGAUCCAGCCUUCCACUGCUGCCGGGACGCCAAAGCGUGUCAUUGUCCAGGCCUCCACCAGUGAACUGAUGCGCAGCCUUGGUGAGUUUCUCUGCCGUCGCUGUUACAGACUGAAGCGCCUGUCCCCGACGGAUCCGGUGCUGUGGCUGCGCAGCGUGGACCGCUCCUUGCUGCUGCAGGGCUGGCAGGAUCAGGGCUUCAUCACUCCAGCCAACGUGGUCUUCCUCUACAUGCUGUGCCGGGACGUUGUCUCGGCCGAGGUGGCCUCGGAGCGUGAGCUGCAGGCGUCGCUGCUCACCUGCCUCUACCUGUCCUACUCCUACAUGGGCAACGAGAUCUCCUACCCUCUGAAGCCUUUCCUGGUUGAAGCGGAAAAGGAAGCCUUCUGGGAUCGCUGCCUGGAGAUCAUCAACCGGAUGAGUGGCAAGAUGCUUCAGAUCAACACCGACCCGCACUUCUUCACCCAGGUGUUCGCUGACCUGAAGAACGAGAGCAAGAAGGAGGAGGAGAAGACUAAACUCCUCAUAGGCCUCGACCGAUAAGAGGGAGCUUUUGGGGGGGGGGGGGGGGG